AUGUCUUUCUUCGUUUACGAAGUCCUCCGUCAACCGGAUAUCCUCGCUAAACUCAGAGCUGAGCUCGAUACUAACAUCCCUUCGGAUGUCACCGUUCCGCCCCUCGAGCAGGUCGAUCUUCCAUACUUGAAUAUGAUCCUGAAGGAAACGCUGAAAUACAGCUCGACGGGCUUCGGGACUUUUCGGACAUGCUCAUUUGACACUGAGAUGGAGGGAGUUGUGCUACCUGCCAAUACUACUGCUGCCUUGUGCAAUCCUGCUGUGCAUCGAGAUCCAACCCUCUGGGACGACCCGGAUACAUUCGAUCCUGAGCGAUGGCGACCGGGCCAGGGGCUAUCCACGCUUGUAAUGACAUUGACUCUCGCCACACUUUUCCGACAAUUUGAUCUUACUUUGGAGUCAGGAUUUGAGAUGGAAUACCUUCCUAGCUUCACAUUGAGGCCAAAGAACGGAUUACCUGUGAGGGCUGUCCGUCGCAGGUCUUGA